CUCUCUCUUUUUAAAUACGCCUAGGAGGCCUCACCAACAAACAGCGUGUUGAUAGCUGGCUGAAUCGUACGGCUCAGUCCCCUCAGUAGGGCGUCUUUGGAGUCUUCCUGUGGAAAACAACAAGAAAUUCGGGACUCUACAAAUUAUUUGUGUUAGAACACUUUAUAGCCCCGAGUGGCUCAGCAAGCAGUUUACAGGGAAAAAAUAUCUCAAUGAAAAUGAAACCCAAGUCUGGUAUCGGGAACAGAAAUGGCUCUGUGGUGAGAGGUGGCAUUUCCUGGCCUCGCCCUUGAUCCUUGGUGUUGGUCUCUAAGGCAAGGGGUCAUGACCCCCAACAGCAAUCAAAAGCCCAGUAGCUCAGUGGCAGAGGAUUUGCUUUGCAUGCAGAAGGUCCCAGGCUCAAUCCACAAUGGCAUCUCCAGGUAGGGCUGGGAGUUACUCUGAAACCCUGGCGAGCUGCUGCCAGUCAGUGUAGACAAUACUGAGCUAGGUAGACCAGCAGUCUGACUCCCUAAGUUCUUAAGAUUUGGAGGCUGCAGACUUUCUAAGUAAGGAGCCAAACCAGGUGCAAGGCUCUCAAUGAGCCCCUAGAAAUCAGGAAACCACUGUGGCUGGUGAAUGUGAGCCCCCAGAAGAACCUCCUGUGUCUGUUAUAGGGCCAGAGCCUGAACCUUCCCCAAGACCUCACCCGUCCAGUGGUACAGAGAGUGCACCACGUCUUAGGAAGUUAGGGAACAGAGGAGGAGGGCCCAUCUUCAACCCAGAGGGUCGGCCCUUUAAGAAUCUAGAGUUUGUCACAAGGGGGCGGAGCCUGUAGGGAGGUACCCUGAGAGGAGGAGCUGAAAAAGGCUCAUUCUGGUCUCAACCUUUGUUGGAGGAAGCUGCUCCCUUGGAGCAAACUGUGGUCCUGCAAUGUUUCUGUUGCCACUGCCUCUGUGAGAUCCAGCAUUCUGCUGGAACAGGGCCAGAUCUCGCUCAGCCUGUGAUGGGGGCAAGCCUUCCUUUGCUGGCGUUGCCAGGUAACAGCGCCCACCAUUGCUUGCCGUAGAUCCACCAGCCUGAGCCUGCAGAGAUCCGCUGAGGCCCUCCUACGUCCUCAAUGUCAUACAGCAGCAUGCAGUGUCUAUGCCAGGGUCAGGGGGACCUUUUUCCAGCCCAAGGGCCAUGUUCCCUUCUGGGCAACCUUUGAGGGGCCACAAGCAAAUACCAGAGGAGCAAAAUGGGGGUUGGAGCAAUCCUCCGCGAGGAGCGGUUGCAAUGUUUGAGGCUGCUGAGUUGCAAAAGAAGGGUGGGAAAACAUUUUAAGCUGGAGGGCAUUAGUCCCUCGUGAGCAACUUCUUGGGGGACUACAUGCCUGUGGUAGGCAGGGCCACAGGGAAAAAGUGGGCAGAGCAACAAAUGCACAUUUAACCUUGCAGGCUAGUUUCUGCACAAACACACCCCUCUCUGUCCCCUGUCCAGGCAUGGAAGAGGCAUGAUCAGAGUUCAAGGACAUGUUUCCUGCCAGGCAAAAGCUCCCAAGGAAGGUGCGAAGGAGGGCCAGCGAGGGGUGUACCCUGGGGGCCAGGUGUAGAGUCCUGGAGGGCUGCCUUCGACCAUCGGGCCUGAGGUACCCCACCCUUGUUCCAUGCCCUCAAGAUUCCAAAUCCUGUCUUUCUGGCUAACAGCUGCAUCUAUGUGAGAGUGCCUAAGCAGGUGGUCAUUUGGGGAGCGUGAGGCCUGAACUUUGAUCCCCAAGGUUCACCCCCAGCGGGACAGGUGAUCUUCUGCAUGGAAAGCAGAAGGUACAUAACUGAGCUCUCCCGAAUCAUUUACAGACAAGAGGUUGGCCUGCGUACCUGGCUGGUGGCAGAGAGUCUGAAAAAGAGAGAUCUACAUUGACUGCAGAAAAAUAUACAGCAAUCACAAGACCAAAAGAAAAAAAAUCGCAGGAUAUACUGCCUACAGGGACUGGAACGUUGGCUCGGCAUCCAGCAGGGCUUGGCACCUCAGAGAGAUCUCUCUGUCCUUCUGGAAAGUGGCUCUGUUUGCCGCCAGUUGAGAAAGAUACUCCAACCUUGCUGGGGAAUGAGAAGAGGAGCAGACAAAAGGCAUUGGGCGGAAGCAGCUUCCUCACCCCUGCUGUUCAUCCCUACUCACAUUGAUGCAAUCUUCUACCCACUCAUCUGGAGAGACACCGAACUCAAUGGGGCUUACUUCUGAGGAGACACAUAUAGUGUUGCACUCUACAAUUAACCGAAGAAGCAACAUCUGGAGACCAGCAAUGGAGGGCUUGUGAAAGCAAAACAGCUGACCUUUGCCAUCGCUCAUGAACGGCUGGACAUAGUUUGCUCAGCAGGCUAUAGGAGGCCUGUGUGUUAAGACAGGGUGGACCUUCUCUGAAAGUUGUAGAAGACCAGGACACCCGAAGCACUGUUUACUGCAGAAGUGCCUGUGCCACCUGGCAAGGAGCGCCGUUCCAGCCACACAUGAGAAAACUGCCUGCAGCAGCUGCAAUCCAGUAGCAACUUCGACAGGGUGAUGCAGAACCGCCUGAUAUUGGAGACAUACGAUGGCAUAUCAGACAAUGCAGAGGCAGGUGAGAAGCAGGCAGAGGGGGCGAAGGAAGAGUCAUGGCCGUUGGAGACUUUGUUCCAGAAGGAGAGUCGAGCCUCCCCGAAGAUUAAGGUUAACCUUAAUUAUCGGCCUGGUCUUGUGAGAACAAAGGAUGCCUUUGACCGGGACUGCAUAUUUGGCGCUGUCGUCAGGGGAAAUCCUGAGGAGCUACAAGGGCUGGGGGAUUAUUUGCGAGCAACCCGCAAAUUUCUCACCGACUCUGAAUAUAAAGAUGGAAAAACGCACAAGACCUGCUUGAUGAAGGCCCUGCUGAAUUUAAAAGGUGGGGCGAACCCCACGAUCCCUUUGCUGUUGAAGGUAGACAAGGAGACUGAGAACUCGAGCCCUUUGAUCAAUGCUGCUUGCAGUGAUAGCUACUACGAAGGCCAUACGGCACUCCACAUUGCCAUUGAGAAGAGGAAUCUUGAUUUGGUCAAGCUGCUGGUGGAGAAUGGUGCUGAUGUCCACGCCAAGGCCUGUGGGACCUUUUUCCAGCAGCAGAAGAAAGGGGUGUGCUUCUACUUUGGCGAGCUUCCUCUCUCCUUAGCCGCUUGCACCAACCAGCCAGAAGUCAUCAGGUAUCUCCUGCAUAACCCCCACAAGAAGGCCAGUCUGAUAGAGCAGGAUUCUCUGGGCAAUACUGUCCUCCAUGCCUUGGUGAUGGUGGCCAACGAUACAGAGAAGAAUACGGAGGUGGUGAUCAAGAUGUACGACGAGAUCCUGAUGCACGGCGCCAAGAUCAACCCAACGUGGAAACUGGAGGAAAUAGUCAACUGGCAAGGGUUGACCCCUUUGACACUGGCUGCCAAGAUGGGCAAAGUCCAGAUCUUCGAGCACAUUCUUCAUCGGGAAAUCAAAGAACCUGAAUUCCGCCACCUUUCACGCAAGUUUACCGAAUGGACGUAUGGGCCUGUCCAGAUCUCUCUCUACGACCUGUCCUCUAUCGACACCUGUGAGGAGAACUCAGUGCUGGAAAUCCUCGCCUACAGCAGUGACACUCCGAACCGAUACAAGAUGGUGGUUUUGGAACCUCUGAACAAGCUGCUCCAAUACAAAUGGGACUCCUAUGCGGCCAGGAGAUUUUACCUCAGUUUUUUCACCUAUCUGAUGUUCAUGGUGGUCUUCUCAGCUGUUGCGUACCACCGGCCUCUGGAUGGGAAGCCUCCUUUUCCAGUGACACUCGCUGCUGGGGAUAUGUUGAGGCUGUUUGGCCAGGUCAUUGUGCUCACUGGAGGCGUGUAUCUCCUCGUUGCUCAGAGUCUUUACCUGUGGAGAAGGCGCCUGUCGCUGACAAGCCUGCUCGCGGACAGCUGCAUCGAGAUUUUACUGUUGGUGCAAUCACUGGCCCUGCUGCUUGCAGCGCUGACGUACCUUGCAGGGUUGGACGAAUAUGUGCCUCUGAUGGUUUUCUCCUUGCUGCUUGGCUGGAUAAACAUGCUGUAUUACACCCGGGGCUUCCAGCAGACCGGGAUCUACAUUGUCAUGAUACACAAGGCUAUUCUGCGGAACCUCCUUCAUUUCCUCUUGGUCUAUGUGGUUUUCCUCUUUGGCUUUGCAACGGCCCUCGUCAUCCUCACCGGGGAGGCUCCCCAGCUAGCCCAAAACGGGUCUGUCCCGCUCAGCAAUAACGGUAAAGACCAAGCCAUGUAUACCGGGCUGCUCAAGACCUCCCUGGAGCUUUUCAAGUUCACCAUUGGGAUGGGAGACCUAGAGUUCCACGAGAACGUGAAGUUCAAGUACUUUGUGAUGCUCCUCCUCCUCUUCUUCGUCGUCGUGACUUACAUCCUCCUGCUCAACAUGCUGAUUGCCCUGAUGAGCGAGACGGUCACCGACGUCUCCACAUAUAGCCAAAGCAUCUGGAAGCUCCAGAGAGCCAUCACCAUUCUGGAGAUGGAGAGAAACUGGCUGUGGUGUUGGCAGAAGAACCGGCGAUCUGGCUGUUUCCUCUCUGUCAGCUCUGAAGAAAAGAAAGACGAGAGGUGGUGUUUCCGAGUGAAAGAGGCACAGUGGGAAAACUGGAAGAAAGAGUUGGGGGUCCUUAAGGAGGAUCCUGCAGACUCGAACCGCUCUGAGAUGGAGCCACAAAAGCAGAGCCUGUGGAACCGGAUGUCUCGGGCAAAGGCCCGCUCAGCUACAUCAGAGGCGGAGGAGGAACAGAUGCCCUUGCGUGCCAUCAGCCACUGAGCGAGGCGAAACCACAAGGAGGACGUGAUGAAUUGCUUAAGGAACAUGAACAGCUGCCUCCCCGCUAAGUUCCUUAUACUACAAACUUUAAGAGCUCAGCUGACAGCAGCAACAACCCAAAUCACUGUUGAGGCCGUGACUCAGGACCACAUGCCACGCCUGUUGAUUGAAUGCGUGUGAACAGGACAGCCUUGCUUUGAAGGACUGUGAAGGACGCCCUGCCUUUCAUGUGUGUGGACAGGAAGGCCUUGCUUUAGAGGAAGGAUCAUUCAGUCUCCUCCUGUCAAAGAGUUGCGUCCAAAGAACAUCAGGAGAGCCUGGCUUCUGGAUCAGGCCAAGGGGGCCCAUCUAGUCCAGCAUCCUGUUCUCACAGAUGCCCCAAUGGGUGUUGGAUUGUGUCUGCGUUGUUGUGUGAAACAGCAUACAUUACGUUGUAGUUAAGUUGCUCAAGAAACCAUUCCAGAGGCAUUAAAUCAUGUAAGAGUCUUUAUUCAGACAUUAAGGCCAGCGGCUUUAAGAUCCCCCCCGCAGGAGAGAAGUUCUACUACGUUCAAAGUACAAAACUACUACAGACAGCUCAGCAGACAGCAGCAAUGGUAAAAGCACUUUUUCCCAAGCUGUUAUCUCGUUACCAUGACAACCACUGUCUGGCCUUGCUUCCCAGACCAUACUAGAUAAGGCUGCUUCUCACACUUCUCCAAAACUUGCAGGCUUCAUGGAAAACAACACAAGGUAGUAAUGCCUAUCAGUGACAGCCCAACAAUGGGGACCUCACAGGCCAGAACCCAAGAAAAGAGCACUCUCUCCACUCGUGAUUCCCAGAAACUGGCAUUCAAAAGCAUACCGACAGGGGGGAUAGAACACAUCCACUGUGGCUAGUAGCCAUUGAUAGCCAUGUCCUCCAUGAAUUUGUGUAAUUUCCCUUUUAAAGCCAUCCAAGUUGUUGGCCGGCACUGCUUCUUGUGGCAGCAAAUUGACUGUAUUGUUGAUACACCCUGCAAAUUAAGCGCAAUUCCACUCCACAUCUUCUCCAGCCCCUUGGUUCCGUGACCCACAUGCAGUAUGAGGGAAAAGUCAAAAGGGCGAGGUUGCAUUUGCAUGAGAAACAAUCUAAUGCAUACCUUUCUAACCAAUUGCAAACCGAAAGCCAGCUGUCCUUCAAAAUUUGCCCUUAUCUGAAGUUUGCUGUGCAGUCCAACGUGUUCAAAGAUGCAUACAUUAGGGGAAAGUGUGCUGGAAAAUGCAUUUUUAUUAGUGAAAUUAAACAUACAAAAAGUGUAGUGUGUUAGUGGACAUUGCUUGCAAAGAUAUGUAUAUUAGUCAAAAAGUACAUACAUAAAUGCACUAUCAAUGUAUCAUCAACAGGUUGCAGUGUGCUGUAUGUGCCUCUAAUAAAACACCAGCCUGGAAUGGGCCCCAAGUUUUAAAAAUGGGGAGUGGAGAUACUGAGGCUCACACAAAAGACCUGGGGCUCCCUAACAAGACUUCUGCUCAUGUAGGAAUCCUCCACGUCUUUUGUUUCUUUUUCAGGACAGAGACUCAGGAUGGGAGUUGAUUGUGUUAUCAAGCAUUUCCCUCUGUUUUUGCAAACACAGACUUCAUAAUAAAUAGUGGUCUUGAUUGCAAGCCAUCUCUUGGCUCACACCAGGAAAGAGAACCUCUUAAGACACCCAAAUUAAGCCUGGCUCUGCACAGAUGCUACUUUCUGCUUCUGUUGAUCUUGCGAUCUGUCAUUCUUAAUUUAGC